CGCGACGCCUGCAGUUUUCGCCAAAAAGAAAGGAAGGCAUGUCCGCGUCUGGCAAAAGUCUCAUUGGCCUCUGGCUCUACAGGAAGGGUGAGCAGUGGACCCUUAAAGAGGGAGUUGGAGGUCCACGCAUGAAGUCGCACCCAACGCCGCUGAUGCUGUCGCGGCCGGCGGACGGAGUUCACCGCAACUCUGUGGUGUUCUCGCUAAACAACCAGGUGGGCGGGCUGGCCAAGGCGCUGCACGUGUUCGAGGACCUCGGCGUCAACGUGGUGCACAUCGAGUCGCGGCCCAAGGCGGGCACCGAGGAGUACGAGAUCCUGGUGGACGUCGAGUGCGACGACCGCCGCAUGGAGCAGCUCAUCUCCAUGCUUCGCAGGGAGGUCGCCUCCAUCAACCUGACGCGGCCCCUCAACCCUGACUCAGACCUGCCACCGCAAACGCCGCUCUCCAUGUCUGCCAGCUUUGAUUUUGGAGACAUGCCGUGGUUCCCGCGCAAAAUAUCCGACCUGGAUCGUGCUCAGCGCGUGCUCAUGUACGGAACUGAGUUAGACGCCGACCACCCGGGAUUCAAAGAUCCAGUGUACCGAAAACGAAGGCAGGAAUUCGCCAACAUUGCCAACUCCUACAAAUAUGGGGAACCAAUCCCUCGAAUCCAGUACACAGCCGAGGAGAUAAAAACUUGGGGAGUGAUUUUUCGCGAGCUGUCAACGCUUUAUGAAAAGCACGCGUGCGAAGAAUUCCUGGAAAAUUGGCCGCAACUGGUCAAGUACUGCGCCUACCGCGAAGACAAUAUCCCGCAGCUGCAGGACAUCAACGUUUAUUUGAAGAGAAAAACUGGAUUUCAAAUUCGACCUGUCGCCGGAUACCUGUCGCCAAGAGAUUUUCUCUCAGGUCUCGCUUUCCGCGUGUUCCACUGCACGCAGUACAUCAGACACUCGUCCGAUCCGUUCUACACGCCCGAGCCGGACUGUUGUCAUGAGUUAUUGGGACACAUGCCGCUACUAGCAAACGCGAGCUUUGCGCAAUUCUCGCAGGAGUUGGGACUUGCCACCCUUGGCGCCUCUGACGACGAUGUCUCUAAAAUUGCAACGCUAUACUUCUUCACCGUUGAGUUCGGGUUGUGUCGUCAGAACGGAGAUUUCAAGGUCUACGGCGCCGGUUUGCUCUCCUCGAUCGCCGAGCUGAGACACGCCUUGACCACUCCGGAAAAAAUUUUGCCGUUUGAGCCGGAAAUCACUUGCAGGGAGGAGUGCAUUAUCACUUCCUACCAGAACCAUUAUUUCUUCACUGACACCAUCGAAGAGGCCAAGGAGAAAAUGAGGGAAUUCGCUUGUGGCAUCCAGCGUCCGUUCAUGGUGCGCUACAACCCGUACACGCAGAGCGUGGAGGUGCUGAGCAACGCGGAGAAAAUCGCGUCGCUGGUGUCAGAGCUGCGUGGCGAAGUGUGCAUCGUGAGCAACGCGCUGCGCAAGAUCCACGUUCAGGACGAGCAGCUGGAGGACGACCCAGGCAGCGCAGAGCAGCUGGCCACCCUGCUGCUGCCCCGCUCCAUCAGCCCGUCUCCCUUCCUCAGCCCCCUGCACACCCCCAACACCACCCCGCCAGACCAUAGCCCCGAGAGGAAGAAUAAGGAGUAGAUAAUUCAGCAUUUCUUUUUUAUUAUUUAAA